UUUGAAAGCAAAGAAAAAGAGAGAGAGAGACUUACUUAAUAAAGAAGAAAAUAAUGCAAAGUUCAAGACAAGAACAAGAAGCAUUGGCCAGCCUCUUCUUGAAUCUCUCAACCUCCUCCUUCCUCCUCCUCCUCCUCCUCUACUCCGCCGUCUCCCUCCUCCACAGGCUCCUCCACUCCGUCGGCGGCUAUCCUCUCCUCCAUAGGGGUGAAGAUGAAUGCGAUUCGAUGUGGUUUUCGGACGAGGAAGAGGAGGAGGAAGAGGAAGAAGAACCGAUAUCGUCGUCUAGUGCAAAUUAUAAUGUUACAUCAAGAGAGAGGAAUCACUUGAUAGCCGACAUAUUAGACGGCGGAGAAUCCUUAGUUUUCUACAACUCGAACGUCGAACCAAACAAACACGCCGAAGAGUUUGUGUUUUCCCAAUCAGAAACACGACAUGUUGAUGAAGAUCAAGAUUCCGACAGUUCUUCUGCUGAAGCACAGUUCUCUGCUAAAGAUUCGCCCUAUCUCAGUGAAUCGAAAGAUGAUGAUGGUGAAGAAGACGACGAUGAUGAUGGUUUUGAUGAUGAUGAUGAUGAUGACGGGGAGAUACGAUUACCAUCAUACGACGUCGACGAUGAUGAUUCGGUUCACAAAUCGAAUGGCCCCACGCGACAAGAGCGUCUCCAAAGUGGUUUGCUGUUUCAUGACAAAAGCUAUAAUGACGAUUUCAGAUACAAAGAAGAUUUAAGAAAGAUCGGAGAAAUGAAAGAAGAUUAUCCGAAAGACGAGAAAUUCAUAGUUUUCGGACAUUCUUCCGAGAUACAGUGCGAGGAAUUUCUCGCCCGAGGAGCGGAAGAAGAGAUAUUCGGGGACUCGUGCACGAACGGUUCGACGUCGAAAAGCUCGUCGGAAUGGAGAAGCUCCGUAAAGACGGACGAUCCGUUCUCGUCCUCGUCUCGGAGAAGUUGUCCCAAAUGGGAAUCGUACGCUGUCUUCCAAAAAUAUGACGAGGAAAUGACUUUCCUCGCUAGGAUCAGUACUCAAAAGCUCCAAGAAACAGAAUCGUUGAAGUCUUUCAUGGUGGAGCCAAGAUCGAUCUCAGAGAGGAUCGUGCACAAGAUCUCGAACGUGAAAAAGAGACCCACAACCAGUUCAAGUACCAACCACAAUCCGUACGUGGAACUCGAAUCUGCCUACGUGGCACAGAUAUGUCUGACGUGGGAGGCUUUGAGUUGGAACUACACUAACUUCGAACACAAGAGAACGAGAUCGAGACCGGACAGAGAUUUCGACGUCGGAUGUCCCGCCGGAAUCGCCGACCAGUUCCGAAGGUUUCACAUUCUGUUGCAGAGGUACAUUGAGAAUGAACCUUAUGAACAUGGGAGACGGCCUGAGAUUUUGGCUCGACUGCGUAAACUCGCUCCUAAAUUGCUUCUUGUUCCCGAGUACCAAGAGUAUUGCGAGGAAGAAGAAGAAGAGGAGAAGGAGGAAGGAUUGAAGAUGAGAAUAACGUCGGCUUCGUUCAUGAUGAUAAUGGAGGAAUGCAUAAGAACAUUCAUGAACUUUCUAAGAGCGGACAAGGAGAACCCAUGUCACAAGAUCCUCAAAUCUUUCUUCGGGAGGAACAAAAGAUGUCCGGUCGACCCAACCCUCCUCCAUCUCAUGAAGAAAGUCAACUCAAAGAAAAAGGCUAAGCUGAAGGAAAUGCGAAGAGGAGGGAGAUGCGUGAGGAAGAGGAGGAUGAGGAUAGAGGAGGAGAUGGAGAUAUUGAUGGGACUCAUAGACUUGAAGGUGGUGUCGAGGGUGCUGAGGAUGAGUGUUAUAACUGAGGAGAGAUUGCAUUGGUGCGAAGAGAAGAUGAGCAGAGUCAGGAUCAUCCAUGGCAAGCUCCUACGAGAUUCAUCUCCCCUCUUCUUCCCUCCACAUUGAUUAUUCUAUAAACCCUUUUUAAUUAAUUUUGGUGAAAAAAGUUGCAAUUUUUUUUAAAUAAAAAGAUGAUAUAUAUAUAUAUAUAUAUAUAUUCAAGUUUAUAUGUAGAUGAGGUGGCGGAUAGAGUUCUCGAGAAAGGGAAAAUAAAGAUUAGGGAAGACCAUGAGAGGCAAAGCGAGGGACAUGCGUAUGCAUGCAUGCAAGAGAAUCUAUAGCUUUAGUUCUUUUGUAUGCUUUUCAUGGUAACUUUUUUUUAAGUAAGAUUUUUUUUAAAUUAAAUCUCGGCGUUAGUAGAUGGAUAUUCCACGUAUAAAGCAUUGAGAAUA